AUGGCGGGCGCGGGGGCGGCGCGGCUGCGGGCCGAGAUCCGCCGGAGGGAGCGGGAGCUGCGCGGGCUGCGGGAGCGCCUGCAGGCUGAGCUGGCGCGGGGGGACAGCGCCGAGCAGCAGCAGGACCAGGACGAGGAGGGGGAUGGAGCGGCCGAGGAGGCGCUGGGGGAUGCCGAGGAGGAGCAUGGAGACCGCGGGCUGCGGGACCUGCUGGCGCGGGGGGACGCGGGCAGCGCCGAUGGUGAUGGUGAUGGUGAUGAUGGUGAUGAUGCGGAGGGGGCCGGCGCCUUCCCUGCUGAGCUGCCGCCGCUGCCGCCCCGCGCGGCGCUGAGCGCGGCCGAGAUCGCGCGGUACAGCCGGCAGCUGGUGCUGCCCGAGCUCGGCGUGCGGGGCCAGCUGCGCCUGGCGCGGAGCGCCGUGCUCGUGGUUGGGUGCGGCGGGCUCGGCUGUCCCCUGGCGCAGUACCUGGCGGCGGUGGGCGUGGGCCGCCUGGGGCUGCUGGACCACGACGUGGUGGAGACCAGCAACCUGCAGCGGCAGGUGCUGCACGGCGAGGCGCGGCGGGGCCGGCCCAAGGCGGUCUCGGCGGCCGCGGCGCUGCGGCGGCUGAACUCGGCGGUGCAGUACGUGCCCUACUGCGGGGCGCUGAGCCCGCGCUCCGCGCUGCGCCUCGUGCGACAGUACGACAUUGUCGCCGACUGCUCCGACAACGCGCCCACGCGGUACCUGGUGAACGACGCGUGUGUGCUGGCGGGGAAGCCGCUGGUGUCCGGCAGCGCCCUGCGCCUCGAAGGGCAGCUCGUCGUGUACAACUACGGCGGGGGGCCCUGCUACCGCUGCCUGUUCCCCGAGCCGCCCCCGCCCGACACCGUGACCCGCUGCGCCGACGGGGGCGUGCUGGGGGUCGUGCCCGGCAUCAUCGGCUGCAUCCAGGCCCUGGAAGUGAUCAAGAUCGCCUCGGGAAUGGGCUCCUCCUUCAACCAGUUCAUGCUCAUGUUCGACGCCCUCGAAGGGAGGUUCCGCAACAUCAAGCUGAGACCAAAGAAACCAGACUGUGCCGUGUGCGGGGACAACCCCACCGUCACCUGCCUGCAGGACUACGAGGCGUUCUGUGGUUCUUCUGCCACGGACAAGUGUAGGGCUCUGCAUCUGCUGCCCAGCGAGGACAGGAUCUCGGUAGAGCAGUACAAGAAAGUGCUGGAUGACAGGGUUCCUCACGUGCUGCUGGAUGUCCGCCCGCAGGUGGAGGUGGAUAUCUGCCGCCUGGAACACGCCGUCCACAUCCCGCUGAGCAAACUGGAAGAGAAGGAUGAGGAACAGCUGGAGUAUUUAGAAAAAAGAAUUCGUGAAGAGAAGCAGAGAACUAAUGACCAAGCAUCUCCUCCUGUAUAUGUUGUUUGCAAAUUGGGAAAUGAUUCCCAGAAGGCUGUAAAAAUCCUGCAGGAGCUACCUGCCAAAGAAUCUGGUUCUGUGUUAGCAAAGGAUAUUAAAGGGGGGCUCAUGGCCUGGGCCACUAAAAUUGAUCCAACAUUCCCUCAGUACUAGAAAUUUAUGGUGAAAAAACCACACGUUUUCCUAGUAGGUUGCAUAGGUUUUCAUCUUCUCUGUGUAAUGACUAUAUCACAUGAAAAAACCAGAAAUGCCAUGUUGCUUUUUUAUGUUACUUUUUUUUCCAAAAACGCUAUGUAUUUUUCUAGAUGUUUGAUUUUUUUUUUAUAAAGAUAUGAAUCUGUCCAUGGGAAUGGAGAGAAAUGUGUUUCUUGGUUAUGAUUUAAUAGUAAAAACUUGGUAUAACUACUGAA